CUCGUAGACCUACCUUACUCACAUUUUAACCUCAUUCAAACUAUUUUCACCCCUCAAAUUCUACAAAAACACCAACGAUGAAGUCUCAGGUCACACUCCUGCUCAUCUGCAUGCUUUUCUCCAAAGUGCUGUCAUUGACUUGUCAACAGUGUAUUCCAAAAUCAUCUGAAAAAUGCACAGAAGAACAGGUGACCUGUGCAGAUCAGUGUCUCACUGCAACCACUUCUCUGUACAGGGGUGGUGAAAGGGUGUCAGAUGUUAAUGUGAAGACUUGCGGCACCGCAGAGACAUGUGUAACCGGGAGCAUGAACCUGGGAGCGAUGAAAAUAGUCAACAAUUCCAAAUGCUGCAAAACUGAUCUCUGCAAUGCUGAAACGGCUCCGAAGCAGGCUCCCAAUGGGAGAUCGUGUUACAGCUGUGAUGCUAACAGCUGCUCAGAAACAGUGAACUGUGAAGGAAGUGAAGAUCACUGCAUCAGUGCAUCAGUUAAAGAAGGGAGCAACACCAUGUCUAUGAAAGGAUGUGUAUCCAAGAGCCUCUGUGCUGUUUCUCAAUCAAGCAUGUCAGGAAUCGAAAUAUCAAAUAUGCAGUGUUGUGAGGGGAAUCUGUGUAACGGUGCUGAGAACUUCACACUGAGUUUCCUCCUCAUGAUCGUCCUUCAGCUCUCCUCCGUCCUCUUCUGCUGAAAUCUCCACUGAUGGAGCCUUAUAUAAUUUAAGACAAAACACCAAGAAGUAAAAGUUUCUGUUUCUUUUUAUAGCCUGCUGAUUUAGAGUUUUGUUUGUUUGUUUUAGCAUUAACUGUGGUUUUAUACUAUAUAUCAUGUCCUGUUCAAUAUUUCAAGCAAAACAUAUCAGUCAUGUGUCUCAAUGUUCUAUUUGGAGACUGUGAGAUGAUGAUGAUGAUGAUGAUGAUGAUGUAAAUGUUCAUGAACAGAACCUACCACCAAAGUAUUUUUUUUAUAUAUGCAAAGCAAUUAGGAAGUCCAGUAAUAUACUCAAUUUUACUCAGGUCUACAGAUUUAUUAAUUUUUUUAUUUUAUUUUUAUUUUUAUUUUUAAAAACAAAACAUUUUUGUGCUCACAAUUGUAACAUGUCGAUGAAAUACUUUUUAUUAUUAUUAUUUUAUGCUUUUUAAUUUUAUUAUUAUUACCAAAUGAUUUAUUUAUAAUAAUAAUAAUAAUAAUAAUAAUAAUAAUAAUAAAUCAUAGACAUGUA